ACUGUUCAAGUAUUUGUUGACUCAGUUAGGCAUGAUCAUGUUAACCACAAACUGGUUUGGCUUCUUCCACUGUUAAUUUCCUUCGUUUUGCUGUAAAAUUACUCUCAGCGAAACAAGAUUUUAAUUCUAUGAUCACAUUGGUCUGACAUGGCAGCGGUUUAUGAUACUGAGCAUAAAUAUUAUAUGCUCCAAAUGUGGUAUUUGUAUCUGUAUUAUGCUUUUAGAGACAAAAUCUUUUAGAGGGCCAAACAAAAGUAUACCUUGUGAGGUCUUUUAAUGAUUUUUUAUUUUAAUUGAACAUUUUAUUGAAGCUUUAGACAAAAUAUGAAACUGUUUUGCAGUAUGUUUAGUAUCAUAUCUGAUAUAUCAAGUUUUUAUGCCCAUAAAACAUAUAGUAUGAUAUUGGAGAAUAUGAAGUUUACACUUGAUGAAGAAAGCAGAGCAAUUUUAUUUACAGCAAAUAUUUGGUACAAGAUAUUUAUAUUAUGAUGAUGUGUAUUUAUUACAGCAGACUACUUACAUAAAAUGCAUAUUAAUAUUAGUUGUCACUCCAUAUCUCCUAAUAAUAUGUCUUGUUAAGAUUAUAUUUUAACGUUUAGUUUUAUGAUCGAAACGCUGUAGUUUUAAUUAUGGGGGACGAAACAUGUAAUGCAAUGUUAUAUAGUAAUAAUAGAGAUAAUAAUAUUUGAUAAGUUUAUAUUUUAACCUGAUUUUUUCAAAAAAAUUAUGCAUGGAUAAUCAAGUAAACUGAAGUUGCUUCAGUCUAGUAAGUGUUCAUCUUGAAAUAUUACUAAGGAUAUUAAAGUUAUUCUUAUGUUUACUUUAUUGGAUGUUUUACUAUUAUACUAAAUUAUACUAAAAGGCCUUUUACUUGCUGAAAAAGUAUAAACUCUGCAACAGCAUUUUCCAUUUUGAUCAUGUGGAUAAUGUAGACGGUUUAGAAAUUCAAGUUUCAAAUAUGAUACUGUAGGCUUUAUAUAGGGUUAAACACGUCUGGUCAUGAGACAUUUACAACUGCCAAGCAAAAAUGUACGUACGACAUCAUGUCUGAACUUUACUGUUAAUAACUGUGAAAUACAUCAGCGACUUGUCAGUGGCAAAAGUACAUUUUCUCACAAAAUUAAAUUGUUUUUGUGGUCUUGAUGUGAACCUUGCAUUCCAGAUUAAAUGUAGCCAGCUGAUUAAACUCCUACAUCUGUACGUUUUUCACAUGUGCUUUUAUAAUGCGUAUCACAAACAGAUUCAUGCAACAGUUGGGUGUAAUAAACAAGGCCCUUGUCAGAUUUGGUACGGCUGAUUAGAGCAGAGAUAGUUGUUUGCCUGUUUUGGCCUGGUAUGCGACAAUGUGAGGAAUGCCAGGUUUAUUUUCUGGAUAAAAUGUUUUGUAGUGCAUUCAAUAUUGUUAAAAGUCAUCAUUUUCUCACUGUCAAGUUGUUCGAAAUCGUUAUGAUUUUUUUCUUUGGCUGAACACCACAGAAGAUACUUUAAAUAAUGUUGUUUUCUGGUCACCACUGUGGAAGUCAAUGCAGACCAUCAACUCUUCAUUCUUCAAAAUAUCUUCUUUUAUGUUCAGGAACAACUGGAGGAGUUUUUGUGAGAACCUCAGACCAAGCGCUGAAGAUUGAGUUGAUUGUCGACGUCUUCCGUAUUUGCCAAGAUGCCUAUUCCUCCUCCUCCCCCUCCACCUGGACCUCCACCACCCCCCAGCUUUAGCCAGGCAAACACCACACCUCCAAAAAUAAAUCGAGAUGAAGCUAAAGGAAGAGGAGCUCUGCUGUCAGACAUCUGCAAAGGCACCAGACUGAAGAAGACCAGUGGGAUCAAUGACAGAAGUGCACCUGUCCUUGAACAGACUGGAGGUCGAGGUGGAGGAGGAGGUGGAGGUGGAGGUGGAGGUAGUGGAGGUGGUGGAGGAUUUGGAGGUGGUUCUGGGCCAAAGGCCAUGGGAGGAUUGUUCAGUGGAGGAGUGCCUAAACUACGACCAGUCGGAGACAGCUCUGUAGGACGGUCAGCGCUGCGGCCGCCUGGCUCUCGCCCUGCAGUCCCUCGUGGCGUGAGUCAUUCUGAACCGGACAGCUCCGGUCGUGGUGAUGGAGGCCGCUCCUCACCUUCAGAACAGCCACGAAAUCAACGUCCCUCCGUGCCAGACAUCUCCAAACCGUCUUCUGCCAGCAGCUCCUCAAAACCCACCAACUCCGCUCCGCCUCCACCCCCGCCAUUCAAUCGCGGUGGCAACCGCGGACCCUCCUCAGCCCAACAGGGUUCUGGGGCACACAGUCGUGAGAAACCCCUUCCACCACCGCCUGCAAGCAAGGGGCCUCCGCCGCCGCCAUCUUCUGCUCGGGAUGGGCAUCCUAGACAUCCCCCUCUUUCAUCUCGCUCCUCUUCAUCCUCCUCCUCUUCCUCAAACGCACCUCCACCUCCUUAUCGUCAGCCGACUAAUGCUGCAAAUGGUGACCCGGCCCCUGAGUUGCCACAGAGGCGAAACUCGCUGAACAAGAGAAGCCAUGGCAAUGCUAACGUCCGUAGCCAGGCUCCUCCUCCACCCCAUGCCCAGCAGAACAGACGACCCCCGCCGCCAUCACGAGAUCCAGUGGUGCGCAACACAGCUCCUCAGGUUCCUCCUCCUGUAAUUCGUAACGGGGUUCGGGAAACACCACCCCCUCCGCCUCCUUAUCGCGGCGGGCCACAAACGUCUUCUGAACCCCCUAGUCGAGGGAAGCCCCCUCCUCUGUCCUCUGCUGGACGUCAGCAUUCAGGACAUGCACCUCCUCCUCCUCCUCCACCUCUCCGCAAUGGACACACGUCAUCUGCCCCCAGGUCCUUUGUUGAUGAUUUUGAGUCCAAGUACGACUUCCACCCUAUAGAGGACCUUCCCCCGCCUGAAGAAUACAGACCCUUCACGAAGAUCUACCCCAGCCAAAGCAACAGGGGUUUAGUGAGAGGUGCUCCUCCACUGCCUCCUGUUUUAGGGAAGUGAACACUGUUCAGGGAAGAGAAGGACCAAGAAGAGAUGACACAUAAACACAUAAAUGUGUACAUGCAUAUACAGUAAAUAUUUAUGUGUGUUUGCCACACAAACAUUAAUUGCACCUACAAAUACAUCGAAUAACGUGACAUCUUUCUUAAGACAACACUAUAAAAACCUACAUGAUCUCUGAUCCAAACCACUCCAGAAUGCUGUACCUCUAGACCUGAAAACACUGUGCAAUAUUCCUGUGCUGCCUAGAAAUGCACCUUUUAAUAUCGUGUCAGAUGACAGCGGCACAGCAAUGCGAGAGCAGACAACUCCAGUUCACAUGAAGCUAGAUGUGUACAUUCCACCUGUUUCUUACAGCAACCAAAUCUUUUAAUUCAAUGAGAAAAUGUGUAGCACUUGUAGAUUAUUGAUGACUAUGCAUAUCAGACACAAAGUCUGUAUUUCUCUGGACAAUCAUGUCAUUGUAUGUAUUUUUAUUCUUAUUUUUUUCUUUCCAAACCAGUCAGGAAUGAGUUUAAUUCUGAUAGCGUUUGCUUACACUACAAAGGCCACAGAACAGCUUUGUUUCCACAGUUGUGUUUUCCUCGUCAUACUACAGAGUCAAAAAAUAUGGUCACAUAGAGCUGAUUUAAAAAAAAUAAAAAAAUCAGCUCCAUGCUGAAUUUAAACUACGUUUUACUGACCAAAUAUACACUAAGUGCCAUCGAAGACUUGGUCUUGUUGGAGAUCUGUGUUUUUUUUUAAACAGUAUACAGAUAGUGCCAUCUUCUGGCUAAUCUGCACCCUUUCUCCUGCUGGGUACCAAUAUUUCUGGGUCAUUUACACAUUGCUUUUCAUCAUUAGUGUUUUAAACCUAAACUGAAUUUCAGGAAAUAAAUUUUAGUUGAUUUUGUACAAAACACUACAAGUUUUCUAAUGGGCGUAUUUUAAUUCUGUGACAUUGUAUUAUAUGUUAUAAAGUGACCCAAGUAUGUUCUUGGCACUUCUGGCCAUUAAUAUAGAAGCUAUUAAUUAGGAUUUGGUGACCAAUCAGUCUGACUUGUAAAUGUCAUUUUAUCUCUUUCUGAAUGUUAAAAUAUGUGUCAACAUAAUUCUCAAAUAAAAGGUGGAAUGGGAA